AUUUCGAAGCCAGCGUCGAACGCCGAUUAAAUACCACAAGCAUGUCGAAGAGAGCGACCGCUCGGUGUGGCGGCUGCUCGAGCUCCUUCCUCUUCCCUUUCGCCCGCCGUUCUACGCCCUCCCUCUCACUCUAAAACCCUAAUCUCUCGUCCGCCCUUUGAAGCUAAGCCCUAGUUCUCGUUGGGGAGGCCAAGUAAUGGAGGCUCCUCUAGGGCAGCAGAGUCAACAGCCAUCGCAGGAGUUCCCCUCCAUCUCUCUAUCCCAUCUCUCCUCCUCCGCCCCUUCCGCCGUCCUCUCUGUCUUCCCUUCCUUCGCCUACGACCAGGCCGACCGCCCUCGGCUUCGGUUCUACCAGCCUAGCUCUUUCGUCCCCGAUCUCGACCUCGAUCUCCGGAAGAUUCAGAUCUUCGUGUUGGGUCAUCUGGAGUUGCUAUGCGUGGGUGAGGAAGCAGAUGACGAGGAGGAAGAAAAGGAAUCUUUUUCAAGAGCAUAUAAGAUUGAUUUUAAAACAAAGGAUGAAAGCAAAGCUUUCAUUUUGGCUUUUGAAAAGUGGAAACUUGGAGGAGUUGAUGCAAAAACUGAUGGACCUUUGGAGAAUGGAACUAUAGUAGUUUCUAAAAGCAAAUUUGAUAACAAAAUCGAUUCCACAUCUUCCAAGAUGUACUUCCAUUAUUAUGGGCAGUUAGUACACCAGCAAAAUAUGCUCCAAGACUAUGUAAGAACAGGAACAUAUUAUGCUGCAAUAAUUGAAAACCGUGUUGAUUUUCAUGGUCGCAUUGUGGUUGAUGUUGGUGCUGGUAGUGGCAUUCUUUCACUGUUUGCUGCUCAGGCUGGAGCUAAGCAUGUUUAUGCUGUAGAGGCAUCUGACAUGGUGGAGUAUGCACGCAGGCUUAUUGCCGGAAAUCCAUCUCUUGGACAGCGGAUCACGGUCAUUAAAGGUAAAAUUGAAGAAGUGGAACUACCAGAAAAAGCAGAUAUCCUUAUUUCUGAGCCAAUGGGUACCUUGUUAGUCAAUGAAAGAAUGCUAGAGACGUAUGUAAUUGCAAGGGAUCGAUUCCUUGCAUCUGAUGGGAAGAUGUUUCCAUCUUUAGGAAGGAUACACAUGGCACCAUUUAGCGAUGAGUAUCUCUUUGUUGAAAUUGCAAAUAAGGCACUAUUCUGGCAGCAGCAUAACUAUUAUGGUGUUGAUCUUACACCUUUAUAUGGAUCUGCUUUCCAGGGAUAUUUUUCUCAGCCUGUGGUUGAUGCAUUUGAUCCAAGGUUACUGGUCUCUCCUCCUAUCAUCCACCCGCUAAAUUUCUCUUCCAUGAAGGAAGAGGAGCUCUAUGAAAUUGAUAUUCCUCUAAGUUUUAUCUCAUCUGUUGGCACACGGGUGCAUGGCCUAGCUUGUUGGUUUGAUGUAUUGUUUGAUGGGAGUUCUGUGCAAAGAUGGCUUACGACAGCUCCCGGCGCUCCCACAACCCAUUGGUACCAACUGCGGUGUGUCCUUGCCCAACCGAUAUACGUCAUGGCUGGUCAAGAAAUCACUGGACGCCUUCACCUGGUCUCCCACAGUGCUCAAAGUUACACAAUUUACUUGACUAUGUCAGCUAAAAUGUGGGGACCUGGCGCCGAGCAAGGUGGAAUACUGCAGACAUCUUCAUGCAAACUCGAUCUCAAAGAGCCAUAUUAUCGGUUAUCUCAACCGCAGCCAUUCGUGCUGCAACAAGACAUGCAGUCACAGCAGCAGCUCAUGCAGUCCCAGGAUAUUUCUCCACAAAUCCAGGAUGGGACUGGUCCUAACAUAGCAGUAACUCCUUCCCAGAUCUUGGAUUCAUUAGAUCCAUUGUAACAGAGUUGUUUUUUGUGCUGGCCAGGUUUGUAAAACUCUCAAAGUCUCAUACCAAAUAUUUUGCGAGUGCUCAACCUGUGUAAAUUUACUUAGUCCAUUACUGAGAACUCCUGUUGCAUUCUGCUGAAGUACACUCGUGCAGGCCUUGAAUGUAAUAAUUCUUAUUUUUUCUUGAUUUAAUCUUAUUCUAGAAAUGGUCAGAAUUUGAUUUCA